UCUCUCUCUUCACUUUUAACAAAUCACAAAAAAAAAAAAAAAAAACUUAUAACUUUGUUUAGAUUUGUGAUCAUGGGUCUUGUUCACAUGCUAGUGGUUGUUCACUAGUAUCCUUUUCUUGAAUGUUGAUGAAUCUUGAUUUAAGUAUGGUUGUUCAUUGGUACAACGAUCGGAUCACUUUUAAGAAAUCUGGUUAAUGUUCUUACGUUAAGAAAAGCGAAAAUGUCGGACAGGGGAGCUGUGUAUGUAGCCAUUGCCGCGGCAAUUGGCAACAUGUUGCAAGGAUGGGAUAACGCCACAAUCGCAGGAGCUGUUCUUUACAUCAAAAAAGAAUUCCAUUUAGAAACACAACCAACGAUCGAAGGGCUAAUCGUCGCUAUGUCAUUAAUCGGCGCAACAGUGAUAACUACAUUCUCAGGAUCUGUAGCUGACGCUAUAGGAAGGCGUCCAAUGCUCGUGAUAUCUUCAGUGUUUUACUUUAUUAGUGGUCUAGUAAUGUUUUGGUCUCCAAAUGUGUAUGUUUUGCUAGUAGCAAGACUUCUUGAUGGAUUCGGGAUCGGUCUAGCUGUGACACUUGUUCCCCUUUAUAUCUCCGAAACUGCCCCUUCGGAUAUUAGGGGACUGUUGAAUACCCUCCCACAGUUUACGGGUAGUAUUGGGAUGUGUUUAGCGUAUACAAUGGUGUUCUUUAUGUCGUUAAAAUCCGAUGCCAGUUGGAGACUAAUGCUCGGGGUCCUUUCGUUACCUUCCAUUGCAUACUUUAUACUGGCCGUGUUCUUCUUGCCCGAAUCUCCUCGGUGGUUGGUCAGUAAAGGUAAGAUGGAUGAGGCGAGAAUGGUCCUGCAGGCGCUUCGUGGCAAAGAAGAUGUCUCGGGUGAAAUGGCAUUACUAGUUGAAGGUCUAGAAGUGGGAGGCGAAACCUCAGUAGAAGAGUACGUGAUCAACGCUGACAACGAGCUUAGCGAAGAUCACGUCGAAGAGAAAGACGAGAUCAAACUAUACGGUGCAGAAGAGGGUCAGUCAUGGGUCGCUAAGCCCGUUAGGGGCCAAAGUUCUUUAUUCAUGGCAUCGCGUCAAGGCAGCGUGGUUGCACACAUGAUGGAUCCAAUGGUGACUCUAUUCGGAAGUGUUCACGAGAAACAAAAUGAAACCGGAAGCAUGAUCUUUCCAAAUUUCGGAAGCAUGUUUCAUGGCGAUCAGCAUAAACCCGAUAACUGGGAUGUAGAGAGUAAUCAUGAAAAGGGGAACUUAUCCGGGGACGAAACUGAUGAUAAUGUAAAAAGCCCGUUGCUAUCGCGUAAUUCAACUGGUGUAGAUAAAGACAUGAUCGCUCCGGUUUCUAGGAGUAUGUUAAACGCGGGUCAGCCUAGCGAGGCGAAUAGUGCGAUGGGGAUUGGUGGUGGGUGGCAAUUGGCGUAUAGAAAGACCGAAGACGGGAAGAAAGCGGGUGGGUUGCAGCGGAUAUACUUGCACCAGGAGGGUGGUGCAGAAUCCAGACGCGGGUCCAUUGCUUCGCUCCCGGUUGCAGGUGACGGAGACGCGGUUCGGGCCUCGGCUCUUGUUAGUAGAUCAGUUCUUUGUUUAGAUGAUACGAUGGGUCAGAACCCGAUUCAGUCGGGUCUGAUCAAGGCGCCGCCGUCUACUAAAGAUGCGACGAGUUGGGCUGAUCUUUCCGAGCCUGGUGUUAAACAAGCAUUGAUUGUUGGUGUUGGGAUUCAAAUACUACAACAGUUUUCCGGCAUUAACGGCGUUUUGUAUUACACUCCUCAAAUUCUUGAACAAGCAGGGGUUGGGAUUCUUUUGUCGAACAUGGGCAUCGGUUCAGAAUCGGCUUCUUUUCUGAUUAGUGGUGUCACAACACUCUUGAUGCUUCCUAGCAUUGGUGUUGCCAUGAAACUUAUAGAUGUAGCGGGCCGAAGGAUGCUGCUGUUAGCUACACUACCCGUUCUUUUGGCAUCACUGAUUGUGCUAGUUUUGAGUAAUGUGAUUGAAAUGGACUCAGUUUCUCAUGCAGUCAUUUCCACAAUAAGUGUUGUAGUCUAUUUCUGCACCUUUGUGAUGGGGUUCGGGCCGAUCCCCAACACCCUUUGCUCUGAGAUCUUCCCAACUCGUGUUAGAGGUCUUUGUAUCGCCAUAUGUGCACUUACAUUUUGGAUUGGAGACAUUAUCGUCACUUACACGCUUCCAGUGUUGCUCACCACCAUUGGGCUCGCGGGUGCUUUUGGAAUCUACGCAAUCGUGUGCACUAUUUCUUGGUUUUUUGUUUAUUUUAGAGUGCCCGAGACCAAAGGCAUGCCGCUUGAAGUCAUUACAGAGUUCUUCGCGAUGGGUGCGGCUAAUAAGAAGACAAAUUGAUAGUAGAGCUCGAGAUCAAGUGUUUGGAUGCCGAAAUAAAUUUGUUACAACUCGUAUCUUAGUUUGUGUUUAACUGUUUUCGCCUUCGGUUUCAUCUUUGUUGAAGACAUGAUGAUCAAUGUUGCAUAUCUUUUGAGUAUUUUGGUUACUUUGUUGAUUCUCCAGUAAAAUUUUAGUUUUAGAUUUUUA